AUGCGGCGCGGCCUGCUCAUCUUCCUCCUCAUAAACACGGCCAUCGUCCUCUUCCUCGUCCGCAGCGUCUUCACGCUCCUCACGCUGCUCGUCGAGGAUGCCACCGACGACGCUAUCCAGAACGUCGAGCUGCCCGGCGUCAACUCCAGUCUCAUCGACCUGCGCCCGCAAUUGAUCCCCAAGAUCAUCCACCAGACAUACAAGAACGAGAGCAUACCAGAGAUAUGGGUUGGCCCUCGGAACGGCUGCAUAGAGAUGCACCCGGACUACGAAUACAUCCUCUGGACCGACCAGAAAUCUAGGGACUUCAUCGCCGAACACUACCCAUGGUUCCUCACCACGUUCGACAACUACCCGUUCCCCAUCCAGCGAGCAGACUCGAUCCGCUACUUCAUCCUCGCACACUAUGGCGGCGUGUAUAUCGACCUCGACGACGGUUGCAACCGACGACUUGACCCGCUGCUCUCUUACCCUGCCUGGGUACGCCGCACAGCCCCGACAGGCAUCUCCAACGAUGCCAUGGGCUCUGUCCCAAACCACCCGUUCUUCCUGCGGGUAAUCAAGUCGCUGCAGGCUUACGACCGCGCCUGGGUGCUCCCAUACAUCACCGUCAUGUACUCGACCGGCCCGCUCUUCCUCUCCGUCGUCUGGAAGGAAUACAAGAACACCGACCCGGACGGCGUCAACCGUGUGCGCGUGCUGCUGCAGGACGCAUACAACCGCCACUCCUGGAGUUUCUUCACCCACCACCCCGGCAGCAGCUGGCACGGCGAGGAUGCACAGCUCAUCUUCUGGAUGGGGAGCCACUGGAUGCUCAUUACCUUCUCUGGUUUCCUGGCGGCAGGUAUUGUCGGCCUGGCACUCUGGAGAAUCUACCGACGCGUACUCUCCAUAGGCUCCAAGCACGCCCGUUACACACCUCUUGCAUCAGGCACCUCCUCACCACGCCGCUCCAUCUCACCCUCGCGCCGAAAAAUGCGCAUCCUCCCGCUCUUCUUCCAACGGUCACAUGCCAAGAAAGAGGACGAGGAGAUUGGACCUGACUCCCCGUACGAAUUGGGCAAUCGAUAG